CUUCUUAGUUCAGUCACUCGGUGCGCGAUGUGUUACUCACUGUGCGGCGGGGACCGCGGCGAGCCCGGGUCGCCGUUGGCAGCAGGAGCCCCGGCAGCGGCGCGGACCCCGAGUGCCUGGGCGCAGCCCGACGCCCCGCAACGCGGCGCGGGGGCAGGACCAGUGCGGCCGCGCGCGCCUUAGGCUCGGCCCCGCGGCUCGGAGACCCCGACUCUCGGCCCAGCCAGCAAGUCCCCAGGCGCCGCCCGGGAGCCCGGGAGGCAGAGGCCGCGGGCGGCCGGGCCAGGGGCGGCCGCCGCCCGCGCCGGGCAUCCUCUCGGGCCGCGAAGGGCGCUGCGCCACCGCGCGCUGCCGGGCGCCCCGCUCCCCGGCCUCCGAACCUUCCCGGCUCCGGGCCCGAGGGACGCGGGCUCCGGCGGGCGAGCGCGGGGAGAGGGAGCCCCGCCCGCGCCCUCGCUCCCCAGCCUCUCCGAGCCGAGCCGGGCCGGGGCUGCGGCCUGAAGUGCCCGCGAUGGCGAGCCCGCCGCGGCACGCGCUCCCCGCGCCGGCGGGCGGCGACGGCCCCAACCUCAAUAACAACAACAAUAACCAGAGCGUGCGCAAGUGCGGCUACCUGCGCAAGCAGAAGCACGGCCACAAGCGCUUCUUCGUGCUGCGCGGGCCCGGCGCGGGCGGAGACGAGGCGGCGGGCGGGGGACCGGCGCUGCAGCCGCCGCGGCUCGAGUACUACGAGAGCGAGAAGAAGUGGCGGAGCAAGGCGGGCGCCCCAAAGCGGGUCAUCGCGCUCGACUGCUGCCUGAACAUCAACAAGCGCGCCGACGCCAAGCACAAGUACCUGAUCGCCCUCUACACCAAGGACGAGUACUUCGCCGUGGCGGCCGAGAACGAGCAGGAGCAGGAGGGCUGGUACCGCGCGCUCACCGACCUGGUCAGCGAGGGCCGCGCGGCUGCCGGCGACGCGCCCCCCGCCGCCGCCACCGCCGCGUCCUGCAGCGCCUCCCUGCCCGGCGCCCUGGGCGGCUCGGCAGGCGCCGCCGCGGCCGAUGACAGCUACGGGCUGGUGGCGCCCGCCACGGCUGCCUACCGCGAGGUGUGGCAGGUGAACCUGAAGCCCAAGGGCCUGGGCCAGAGCAAGAACCUGACGGGCGUGUACCGGCUGUGCCUGUCGGCGCGCACCAUCGGUUUCGUGAAGCUCAACUGUGAGCAGCCGUCGGUGACGCUGCAGCUCAUGAAUAUCCGCCGCUGCGGCCACUCGGACAGCUUCUUCUUCAUCGAGGUGGGCCGCUCAGCCGUUACGGGCCCCGGCGAGCUGUGGAUGCAGGCCGACGACUCGGUGGUGGCUCAGAAUAUACACGAGACCAUCCUGGAGGCCAUGAAAGCUCUCAAGGAGCUCUUCGAGUUCCGGCCGCGCAGCAAGAGCCAGUCGUCCGGGUCGUCCGCUACGCACCCCAUCAGCGUCCCGGGCGCGCGCCGCCACCACCACCUGGUCAACUUGCCCCCCAGCCAAACGGGCCUGGUGCGCCGCUCACGCACGGACAGCCUGGCCGCUACGCCGCCGGCCGCCAAGUGCAGUUCGUGCCGGGUGCGCACGGCCAGCGAGGGCGAUGGCGGCGCGGCGGCGGGAGCCGGGGCGGCGGGCGGCAGGCCGGUGUCGGUGGCCGGGAGCCCCCUGAGCCCGGGGCCGGUGCGCGCGCCCCUGAGCCGCUCGCACACACUGAGCGGUGGCUGCGGCGGCCGCGGGAGCAAGGUGCCGCUGGCGCCGGCAGGGGGCGCCCUGCAACACAGUCGCUCCAUGUCCAUGCCCGUGGCGCACUCGCCGCCGGCCGCCACCAGCCCCAGCAGCCUGUCGUCCAGCAGUGGGCACGGCUCGGGCUCCUACCCGCCGCCUCCGGGCCCGCACCCGCACCUACAGCAUCCCCUGCAUCAUCCCACGAGCCAGCGGCCCUCCAGCGGUAGCGCCUCGGCCUCGGGCUCCCCCAGCGACCCCGGGUUCAUGUCCCUGGACGAGUACGGCUCCAGCCCUGGGGACCUGAGGGCCUUCUGCAGCCACAGAAGCAACACGCCCGAGUCCAUUGCCGAGACGCCCCCUGCCAGGGACGGCGGCGGGGGCGAGCUGUACGGGUACAUGACCAUGGACAGGCCCCUGAGCCACUGUGGCCGCCCCUACCGCAGAGUCUCGGGGGAGGGGGCCCAGGACUUGGACAGAGGGCUGAGGAAGAGGACUUACUCGCUGACCACACCUGCCCGGCAGCGGCCAGCGCCCCAGCCCUCCUCGGCGUCCCUGGAUGAGUACACCCUGAUGAGGGCCACCUUCUCCGGCAGCUCGGGCCGCCUUUGCCCGUCCUGCCCCGCCUCCUCCCCCAAAGUGGCCUACCACCCUUACCCCGAGGACUACGGCGACAUCGAGAUCGGGUCCCACAGGAGCUCCAGCAGUAACCUGGGCACAGACGAUGGCUAUAUGCCCAUGAGCCCUGGCGCGGCCCUCCUGGGUGGAGGCAGUGGCAGCUGCAGGGGUGACGACUACAUGCCAAUGAGCCCCACCAGCGUGUCGGCCCCGAAGCAGAUCCUGCAGCCGCGCGCUGCUGCGACGGCUUUGCCCCCCACGGCAGCUGCAGUGCCCGCGCCCGCCUCUGCAGCCGGCAGGGCCUUUCCGGUGAGCGGGGGCAGCUUCAAGGCCAGCUCCCCGGCCGAGAGCUCCCCGGAGGACAGUGGGUACAUGCGCAUGUGGUGUGGUUCCAAGCUGUCGGUGGAGAACACUGACAGCAAGCUGCUUCCCAACGGGGACUACCUCAACAUGUCCCCCAGCGACGCAGGCACCUCGGGAACCCCACCCGACUUCUUCUCAGCCGCCUUGCACGGCGGGGGAGAGAUGCUCAGGGGCGUCCCCGGCUACUGUUACAGCUCCUUGCCCCGUUCCUACAAGGCUCCCUACACCUGCAAUGGGGACACGGACCAGUAUGUGCUCAUGAGCUCCCCCGUGGGGCGCAUCCUGGAAGAGGAGAGGCUGGAGCCGCCGACCAGCCCGGGGACCUCGCAGGCGGCCAGCGCCUUAGUGGCCGGGGCCGGUGGGGGUGGGCACCCCCAGGCCCCCCACCCAGUAGUGCCUUCGCCCGGGAGGCCCAGCGGCAGCGUCCGCCCGGAGGCCUUCCUGAACCAGCGCUGCCGGGCGGUGCGGCCCACGCGCCUGUCCCUGGAGGGGCUGCAGACCCUGCCCAGCAUGCACGAGUACCCUCUGCCGCCGGAGCCCAAGAGCCCCGGCGAGUACAUCAACAUUGACUUCGGCGAGGCGGGGGCGCACCUGUCGCCACCUGCCCCUCCGCUGCUGGCUUCGGCGGCCUCGUCCUCGUCGCUGCUGUCCGCCAGCAGCCCAGCCUCGUCCCUGGGCUCGGGCACCCCUGGAACGAGCAGCGACAGCAGGCAACGCUCCCCGCUCUCUGACUACAUGAACCUCGACUUCAGCUCCCCCAAGUCCCCCAAGCCCAGUGUUCAGGGUGCGGACCCCGUGGGCUCCUUGGACGCCCUCCUGUCUCCCGAGGCCUCCUCCCCGUACCCGCCGCUGCCCCCGCGCCCCGCCGCGCCCACCGCUGCACUGCAGCCACAGACGCCCCCGCCGCCCCCCCCAGGGGAACUGUACCACCUGCCCCCCGCCUCUGCUUCCCAGGGCCCCAGCGCUGCCUCUUCUUCGUCCUCGGAGCCCGGGGACAAUGGUGACUACACCGAGAUGGCCUUUGGCGUGGCCGCCACCCCGCCACAACCCAUCGCGGCCCCCCAGAAGCCGGAAAGUGCCCGUGUGACCAGCCCCACGUCCGGCGUGAAGAGGCUGAGUCUCAUGGACCAGGUGUCUGGGGUUGAGGCCUUCCUGCAGGCGAGCCAGCCCCCAGACCCGCACCGGGGGGCCAAGGUCAUCCGUGCAGACCCACAAGGGGGCCGCCGCCGCCACAGCUCCGAGACCUUCUCCUCAACCACUGCUGUGACCCCUGUGUCCCCGUCCUUCGCCCACAACCCGAAGCGCCACAACUCGGCCUCAGUGGAAAACGUCUCUCUCAGGAAAAGCAGCGAAGGGGUUGGCAGCGGCGCCCUGGGUGGGGGUGACGAGCCCCCCACGUCCCCUCGCCAGCUGCAGCCGCCACCUCCCCAGCAGGCGCGACCGUGGAUUCAGGGCCAGCCUGGGGGCUUGGUGGGCUGCCCUGGGGGCAGCGGCUCUCCGAUGCGCAGGGAGACCUCCGUAGGCUUCCAAAACGGCCUCAACUACAUUGCUAUCGACGUGAGGGACGAGCCGGGGCUGUCACCGCCUCCGCAAGCGCAUCCGCACCCGCCAGCGGGAGACAAGAGCGCCUGGGGCCGGACCCGUAGCCUUGGGGGUCUCAUCAGCGCCGUGGGGGGCAGCAGCGGCGGGGUGUGUGGGGGGCCGGGCCCUGGCGCCCUGCCCCCAGCCAGCACCUAUGCCAGCAUUGACUUCUUGUCCCACCAUCUGAAGGAGGCCACGAUUGUGAAAGCCUCGGGGCCGCGCCCGCCGCCUGGUGCACAGCCGGCACGGGGUGGAGCCUGUCGUACCAGAGUGAAGAUCUGUCUGGCCUUUAUCACCGUGGCAUCGGCAUCGCCCAUCACAGGAUAACUUUAAAAGAAGAUGCUCAGCAUUAAAAAAAAAAAAAUCUGAAGCUGCUUAUAGUUUUCUUUUGGAUCUGAGCAAUGGCCACGUUCUGAACCAUCCGUGACUGCGUGGACGCGGAACCAGCAAGGAGAGGCCACCAGCCCCCACCCCCGCCCCCCAGGGGCAUUCAUCCUCCUGCUGUCUGUGUUGGGGUCGUGUUUCAUUUUUUAACACAUUUCGCCGAAGAAGUUAUUCUCAAGAAGAUUGGAUGUUUGCAUUGGCCUUUAAAUUGUGGCCAGUGUCUUAAUUUCUUCUUACUUUCAUUUUGGCCAAGCAUACGUAUCCCUCAGCAUGCUAGGAGAUUCUACCCACGCCCACUGAAGUGGUGAAAUCUGGUAUUUGCUGGCAUACACUCACAACUACCACAGUCCUACCUCAGUUCCAGGGUGAAGCCGGAUUUGUGUGGUGGGGGUCUGGGCAGACCCCCGUGUGUCUCUGCCGAAUGUGUCUCACGUGUGGUCAUCAGCCUUAUUAAACUGGUUCCAGUUCACAGUGCUUGUUGGACUCCAAUCCAGGAACCUGCGUGUUUACUCAAGACAGAGCCCAGUGUGGGACUGACAUUUCUCAACAGAAAUGAAAUUCGAGAUUAGACUUUGAAGAUGGAUUAAUAAAUAAUAAUUAUUAUAUGUAACUGAAGCAACCUACUUUUGAAAAUCAUCAACUGUAUUGGGUAGUAGGGGGUGGGGGGGAGGGGUUUGGGGAGGGAGUGACUAUCUCUUUUUACCUUUAACAGACUUGUUUAAUCUUCUCCGUGUAGAUGUUUAUGUAGGUACUUCAAGUUGCAGAAGCCUUUGAUCCUAUUUACAAGCUCAAACGUCUUUGCUGUCCUUAAUCUUGAGCUUGCAUUUCUUUAACCAAAAAUUCAUGUAGGCAUGCUAGCGAUUCAAGGGUGGUCACAGCUUCGGCAGAUUUUUAAAACACAUGUUACCUUUACUAUAAUGCUGUCGUGCCGGCCACGAGACUGGCCCUGACGACAACAAAGCAAAAAAGGAAGGAAGGACACUGAUGAGAGAGGCAUUCUGGGGAAAGGAGAAGAACAAGCUCACAGUACAGGUCACUUGUCGAAAAAAUUCCUGACAAGACUACUCUUGUCUUAUGUUUUCAGUGUUGUGGUGAUGAUGGCAGCUGUCACCCCAAACCGCUGACCCUGACCAGCAGAAUGUCUUGUCUCGCUGCUGCCUUGGCCGCGAUGGAGGGCUGCAGCACGCCCCCCCCGAGGGUGCGCCCCCCACGCUUACCCUCUCCAGCAGUCCUGCAGAGGUCACACUAAUUCAUUGGAGAUGUGAGGAGUUUUUUUUUUGAGAAAAAAAAAUAUAUAAAUAUAUAGAUAUAUAUAUCACUAUAGAAUAAUGCAUUAAUCAAAUGAGGCUUUUUUAGAGGAAGACCAAAAAAUUCAAUGUCUUAAAAAUAUAUUUAAUGGCAAUGCAAAAGUCUUCCUGCUUCCAUGCUGAACUUUUAGAACAGAAGAUUGUAUCGCAAGACAAAGUUGAAUGUAAAGUGAUCCCCUCUGGACAUUUUUAAAGUUUUAGUUUUCUAAAAUCACACAUCACAACAGUGCAUAGACCAUAUGAUGUUAGUUUGCAGGCCAUUUCGGUGUAUAAUAUAUAUACUUUAUUAAAAUGUAUAAAAUGUCCUAAAGUUUUGAUUUAGUUUUGGGACUGGGAAUCGAUGGGUGGGGUUUGCCGUGGAACUCCCCAGGGGACGUAGGACUGGGUAUGGGCCCCCUGGAUACCGUGUAUGGCGCGCAUUCACCGUCUUCUCUCUGCUUUGCAUAGUCACGCCACUAUACCAAUGGUUCAUGUUCAUCCUGCAACUUAAAAAAACAAGCAAAAUAAAAAGUUGAUAAUGUACUAAAUUUUCCUUUAUCCUGUACAUUUCAAAAAAAAAAAAAAGGCAUAUGCAAUAUUUACAUUUGUAAUUUAGUUUACAGAAUGGAACCAAAAUGUAUAAAUGUUAUGUUUGCUAAAACUUCACAGUGUAUAUUGGGUCUUUGUACAUUUUGCCUGACUUAACCUUAAAUUUAAAAUAUUUUUUGCUAUAUAAACUUUAACAGUUAUUAAACAGUGUUUUCUUUUUGGGUACGUAUAGUUUCUGGAUAUCAUGAUGUUAAAUAUAUUUCUUGCUUAUUGUGGUAUGACAAAAGACUCACCUUAUCUCGCUCUGUCUUCCACUGUGCACGCUGUAGAUAAGGGUCAACGCGACACGCUGCUGGAGACGAGGCUGAGUGGAAGUAGAAUAGCGCGUUGUAUUUAGUCUGUAUCGAUCAUGGAUGCUCUCCUUAACAGCCAUAUGCAAUAAAAUAAAAUACAUUAUUUAUGAAAUGAAUAAA